AUGGCGCGCAAUGCGGGACGCUGCGUCUCUACUCCUCCAAUCGAUACACUGCUGGAUUUUCCGUCGCAAUUGUAUCACGACAGCAUUCAUGAUGUUUUUGAGAAUUUACGUCAUCUUCAUCAGCUGAUUGUGGUGUGUGACGCGACGUUGCUUGAUUGUCAUCAUUUUCAGAGGCCAGGAUUGGCCCGAGCAGCAACGCUGCAGGAAUGUGAUCGCGAAAGGGACCCCGAUAUUCAAAACAUCGAAAAUUACUUUGAAGAUAUAACCCAAGCGACGGGCGAUCCUUCAGAGGAAAUUGACUUAGACGAUUAUGAGUUGCAAAAAUGGAGUUAUCCUAAUCAAGAUGAUAAAACGCAGCCGUACGACAGCUAUAUUCCAUUCGCUCAUAAAUAUCAAAUUUCCAAACUCAGGUUUUGGGAGAUCGUCGAACACAACCAGAUCUCGUAAAGUGCGGUGUAUCUUCAUUAUCAUCGGUGCUCUCAUAUCGUGCCUUACCCCUUUCCGCUUUAACAUUGCCAUAAUAAUAUUGUUACAGGUGUACAGAAGCGCUUUAAUUUGUUGUUUGUUUUGAAGUCCUAAAAUGCUCUUCUUUCCUCAAGCACCCUGUACAGCUCAGUGUCGUGUAUUCUUGUCUUUCUAUUAUUAUGGGGUACAACGUUGUCAUUCAUAAUGAAA